AAAUAAAUAUAAAUUAUUAAACAAGAAAAAUAGCAAAACAAAACCCACAUCUCACUUCUUUCUUCUUUUUCUCUCUUUAUCCAAUAUACAAUCAUACUCAAAGCAUAUGGCAGAAAUGUACAAUUGGGAUAAAUCACAUAAUGAAGACAAAAAACCAAAGAGAAAUACUCAAAACCCAUCAUUUUCUUCAUCUCUUCUUGAUGAAAUCUACCGUUCUAUUGAUGGAAGUGAUGAGAAAUUUGGUGAGUUUAAGCUAAGGAAACCAAAAGUUGUAAAGAAACAAAGUGUCAAAAAUGGUGGUGGAGGGAGGUUGAAGAGUGGCAAUGUGGUGGAAGAUGAAGAAAUAGCGAGUUUUCGAAGAGCUUGUUUGGUUGAAAAAUGGAUGGAUAUGAAGAGUACUAAUGAAAAAGUGGUGACAAGUCGAAGAGGGACUACUUCACUUUCGGAAUUUGAUAGGAAAUUGGUACUUGAUAAUGACCCAAUGUUCUUUAGUUCGGGUUCCAGCUCAUCUGACUCCAGCUUCGGAUGGCAUUCUGAAGCUGAAGUAGUGAAACCAAAGCCUUCCUGUUUCGGCCCAUUAAACAGGCCCAAACAGGUUAAGACAUCACGUUCUGUUGACAAAAAGCAGCAGAACGAGGUUUAUCAGUUUGAUGAUGAUCAAACAGAUAAACAUGAUGAUGAUAGUGGUUUAAUUCGGUCUAAAUCACGCGCAUUGAAGAUUUACACGAGUUUAAAGAAAGUGAAGCAGCCGAUCUCGCCAGGAGGCCGGCUCACGACCUUUCUUAAUGGUCUUUUCACAAAUGGGCAUGCCAAGAAAUCAAAAGAUUCAACUUUAGAAGAACGAAUUAGUCAAACAAGGAUCGAAAGAACUUCAAAAUCAACAAAUGUAUCUACAUGUUCAUCAGCCUCUUCAUUUUCAAGAUCGUGUUUAAACAAAAAUGCACCAAGAUCAAGAGACCAAAUAAACAAUGGGACACAAAGAUCCGUUCGGUUUUUAGAUCAUGAAGAUCCUCGUCCUCACAGUCAGAAAAAUGUGUACAAUAAACAACGUUUUGAGAAAAUGCCAUCUACAUUUCCCUGGCCAAGAUUGGAGAAACCGGAUUUGAAAGAGUACUUGAAAAAGUAUGAUGAUACAAAAUUCGAUUCUGAUGAUGAAGACGAAGAUAUGGCAAGUGAUUCGAGCUCGGACUUAUUUGAGCUCGACCACUUAGCCAUUUUCAAGAAAGAGCAAUAUUGUGAGGAGCUCCCUGUGUAUGAAACUACUCAUUUGAGCACUAAUCGUGCCAUUGCUAGUGGCUUAAUUUGCUAGUUUUGUUAUAAAAGAGUUACUCGUACCAUUUUGAUA